GAGUUGUAGUCUCUACUAGUCUCCGUCCGCAAGUGUCGCGGCACGUGCAGGAAGCGUGCGCAUUUCUGCCGUUUUUGUGAUGAUAUUUGUGGUAUAAUGGCGUUUUGUUUUAAUUUCGAUGUCGGGAUCGAGACAAGGGACAAACCAGCCACGACUCGGAAGGAACAAGCCCAAAUGAAACAGGGUUUAACAGACUUCGAUGGUGCCACAGAUCAUGGGCCCACGGGGGUUGUGAAAGAAGCCAGAGAGCAUCACCCUCAGGAUGAUCCAUACCUCCUGGAGAACCUUGUCUUCGAAACCUUAAACGUGGGAGCCCUGCCCCCGAUCCAGUACCUCAAUGAGACUGUGCUGGAGAAAACGGCUUCGGAGCACACCGAUGAUGAGGACGUUCUGUCCCAGAGCGCAGCCCUUCGUUCAGACCUCAUCUCAGGUGUCUAUGAGGGUGGCCUCAAGAUCUGGGAGUGCACCUACGACCUCCUGGCGUUCAUUAAUGACAGAGGGGUGGUCUGUGCCGGAAAGAGGGUGCUGGACUUGGGCUGCGGAGCAGGACUGUUGGGCAUUGCUGCUCUGAAGAUAGGAGCCAGCGAGGUGCACUUCCAGGAUUACAACAGCACCGUGAUCGAGCGGCUGACUUUACCCAAUGUCCUUCUGAACUGCGACGGUGACAGCGAGGAGGAAGAAGAGAAGGACGGCAGCCCGUCUUUGAAGAGAAGAGCCACAGACCAGUCGCAUUUAGCCAUGCUCACCAAGUGUAGGUUUUUCUCUGGUGACUGGACAAGUUUUGUACAGCUGAUGCUUGGUAGUGGCUCAGGGAUGCACUAUGACCUUAUACUGACCUCGGAGACCAUCUACAAUGAGGCGUACUACCCUUCUCUUCACCAAGUCUUCCACAAGCUCCUGGCUCCGAAUGGUCUUGUGUAUCUGGCCACAAAGUCACACUAUUUUGGUGUUGGUGGAGGUCUGCUACUCUUUCAGGACUUUGUGGAACAAAAGGCAAUUUUUGACCUGAAAUGCUUGAAGACCGUGAAAGAAGGUCUCCAGAGGCAUGUGGUGGUCAUGAGUUGGAAGAAAUCUAACUGAUGUCUGUAUUUGGGUUCCAGUUUUUAUGAAACACCUAGAACUCUAUGAUCUGGACACUUGUGUUGAAAGACUGAAGCAUUUGUUUGUACACCAA